CCAUUGCGUUGUGUGGUAAUUUUAUUUUUGCAGGGAUGAAUUUCGAGGACGACAGCAGUGUGUUAGCCAGUUGUGGCAACGGCAAACUCAGACAGUGGCUGAUCGACCAGAUUGACAGCAGAAGAUAUCCCGGCCUGGUGUGGGAAAACGAUGAAAAAACUAUUUUUAGGAUUCCGUGGAAACAUGCAGGAAAACAGGACUAUAACAGAGAGGAGGACGCUGCACUCUUUAAGGCGUGGGCAGUUUUCAAGGGCAAACAUAAGGAAGGUGUGGACAAGCCCGACCCCCCCACGUGGAAAACCAGACUACGCUGCGCUCUGAAUAAAAGCAACGACUUCGACGAACUGGUAGACAGAAGUCAGCUGGACAUUUCAGAGCCCUAUAAAGUCUACAGAAUCAUUCCAGAGGGAGCCAAAAAAGAUAUGAAGAUGAACAGUCUGGAGGAAACACCGUCACAAAUUAAUUCCCUUGGAUAUAUUCCUUCAUAUGCAUCUCUGUACAACCAGAUGCCCAGUUAUAUGAUUUCACAGGAGAGAACGGAGUGGAGAGAUUAUACAAAUCCAGAACAGCAGUCAGUUCCGUCCCCACAUCAUCAUGGAUCGGAGCUGCAGUACAGCCAGUGCCACUACCUGUUGCCCCUCAGCCGGGCGUGGCCCGCCUCACACACAGAAACCGGUUUCCAGGUUUCCUUCCAUACCUACUUUUCAGACUCUCAAAAGCCCGUGUUUACAAUGGACCACAACAGCGCCAUAACUGAUUUCAGCCUGCACGUGUCCCUGUUCUACAGAGAGUCUCUAGUAAAGGAAAUCACCACAACCAGCCCAGAAGGUUGUCGGAUCACCUCCUCUUCUUCGCCGUCCUCUUCUUCCUCUUCCUCCCCGUGUCCCGACGACAACCUUCACGGCGGUGCGGAAGUCGUGCUUUUUCCGUUCCCAUAUCCAGAGUCUCAGAGGCAGGGUGCCGAGAUGCUUCCCAGCGUGCUGGAGAAGGGCGUGCUGCUGUGGAUGGAGCACGACGGGCUGUACGCCAAGCGCCUGUGCCAGAGCCGGGUCUACUGGGAAGGACCUCUGGCUCCGUAUGUGGAUAAACCCAACAAGCUGGAAAAAGAGCAGCCAUGCAAACUGUUUGACAACCAGCAGUUCCUUCUUGAGCUUCAAGAUUUUGUACACAAUGGCCGACAUCUUCCGAGACACCAGAUCAUACUGUGUUUUGGAGAUGAGUACCCAGAUCCCAAUCACCCAAGGAAGAUGAUCACUGCGCAGGUGGAGCCUACGUUUGCCAGAAAACUGGUGUGCUAUUACCAGCAGAACAGUGGCCACUACCUCCGACCCUAUGACCACAUCCAGGAAGAGAAUGCAGCUCCACCAGCCACCUAUUCCUCCCAGAGACCUCUGCAGCAUAUUCAGGAGUGAUGAGGAGGCCUGUUCAGUACGGUAGUGAUGGGGAAGACCUCGGUGUUUUCACUUGUAGUGUUUUGUUUCUAUGAUUGUGGAGAAGAUAUAUUUUUCCUCUCUCUCUCUCUCCAGAUAUUGUUGUGACAGUGUGAAGGAUGCGGUUUGUGGGCGGGGGGAGGAUGAGGGGAGAGGAGGGCGCCUGAGACAGGAAAUACUAGCACAGGUGCACAGGAAGAGUGGCCCCUAAGACAAACACUGAUGCGUCAAAAAGGACCGAGCAGAGCAUGAAUAAGUAUUUAUUGCACUCUCCAAGGGUAGAGUUUCAUUGUGGCACCAAAGGCAAAGAUGUCACCCUAAAGUAUAAAAAAAGCAACUUCUGUUGGUGUUCAAGAGAUUUAUGUUUUUAUGUUGGUGUGCAUAAAUGUAACAUCGGGUGGACAAAUUCAUAGCGAGUAAAUAGUCACACGCCAAAAUCUGAACAUGUUAGGACGAUAUGGAAAAUGCUAAUUAAAAA